AUGGAGAACAUUCCUUUAAUUUGUAAGGAAGAGAUUGGUCUCAUAUCUAAAUGUGACAAUGAAGCUGACAACAGUGGUAAUGAAAUUUCGUCCUACAGCUGUUUCCUAGGUGAAUUAUAUAGAGCCUCUUUAAGAAAACAAAGGUUCCCGGCACAAGGCAGUAUUGAAAUACACGAGGACAAUGAGGAAGGAGUUCAGCAUCAGAACUGCAAAACUCAUGUGCUAAUUUUGAUCCUACAUGGGGGGAACAUCUUAGACACUGGAGGUGGGGACCACAGCAGCAAGCUGGCAGACAUCAACACCUUCAGUUCUGUGUUUGAGAAAGUGACCCGGGCCCAUUUCCCUGCCGCUUUGGGCCACAUAUUAAUCAGACUUGUUCCCUGCCCAGCAAUCUGUACAGCUGCUUUCUCUCUUGUUUCCAACAUGUCCUUCUCUAGCCUAAAUCCCUACAGCUAUGAUGAGAGCUGUCUCAGCAGCAGUGAAGACCACAUCCCACUGGCUGCCUUGCCAUUGCUGGCUGUUUCAUCCCCUCAGUACCAGGAUGCAGUUGCCAUGGUGAUCAGUAGAGCCAAUCAAGUUUACAAUGAAUUUCUCAAAUCUACAGAUGGGGCUGGUUUUAAUGGACAGGUGUGUCUCAUUGGUGACUGCAUUGGAGGAAUUUUGGGCUUUGAUGCCAUCUGCUAUAAUUCUAAUGCAGCUGAUGAGAGUCGGAACAGCAGCAGGAGAGGAAGCAUCAGCAGCAUCCAGGAUAAUCCCCUCUUAGCAGAGGACUCCAGUCUGGGUGGCAGCAAACGCCUGAGCAAAAGCAAUAUUGACAUCUCGGGAAUCAUGGAGGAUGAGAAGCCAAGGCAGCCAUUGCCUAGGAAACAGAGUGACUCAUCCACCUAUGACUGUGAUACUAUAACCCAACAUCAUGCUUUCCUGUCUAGCAUCCACUCAAGUGUGUUGAAAGAUGGUGCAGACUUUCCUGUGAAUUCCAGUCUCUCAGAAGUAAACCUGGGCCGAUUUGAAUUCGAGGUGUCUGAUUUCUUCCUCUUCGGAUCGCCGCUUGGUUUGGUGCUGGCCAUGAGGAAUACUGUUCUGCCUGGCCUGGAUGUAUGCCAGGUCCGCCCAGCCUGCAGCCAAGUGUACAGUUUCUUUCACUCUGCUGACCCCUCUGCCUGCAGACUUGAACCAUUGCUGGAGAAGAGAUUCCAUCUCCUACCUCCAUUCAGUGUCCCACGGUACCAGAGAUACCCACUAGGGGAUGGAAGAUCUCACCAGUUAGGUGAUGCUUUCCACAACCACAGUGCUCUGUUCCUUGAGAACAGCUCUUUGAACAUACCUUUCUCUCAGGAGAGUUCUGGAUCUCCAAGUGCAUCUGAUCAACGACAAGGCAAAACAAGAAAGUUGAGCUUGGCCAGCACAAGCAGUGAAAACUCAGGGUCAACAGAAAGCUUGCCAUCAGCAUACCUCACCAACAUUGCUGCAAAGUGGUGGGGAACAAAACGAAUAGAUUAUGCCUUGUAUUGUCCAGAUGUGCUGACAGCCUUUCCAACUGUGGCCCUGCCGCAUCUCUUCCAUGCCAGCUACUGGGAAUCAACAGACGUUGUGGCCUUCAUUUUAAGACAGGUGAUGAGGCAUGAAAAUGUAAAUUUCAAGGAAAAUGACAACCUGGAUCCAGCAACACUAAGUCCAUCCAAUCCACGAGAAAAAUGGCUACGCAAAAGGACACAUGUCAAAUUGAGAAACGUGACUGCUAAUCACCGAGCUAAUGAUGUCAUUGCAGCAGAAGACGGUCCUCAGGUACUAGUUGGCCGCUUUAUGUAUGGACCUCUGGACAUGGUAGCUUUAACAGGUGAAAAGGUUGAUAUCUUCAUAAUGACUGAGCCAUCUUCGGGUAGGUGGGUGUUCUUUGACACAGAGAUAUCCAACAGCAGUGGGCGGAUAUCCUACAACAUACCCAAACAGAAGAGACUGAGAGUUGGUGUGUAUCCCAUCAAAAUGGUGGUCAGAGGGGACCAGAGCAGUGCUGCAAGUUACCUGACUGUGCUUCCCCGAGGAAUGGAGUGUGUUGUGUUCAGCAUUGACGGUUCAUUUGCAGCAAGUGUUUCAAUCAUGGGAAGUGAUCCCAAAGUCCGAGCUGGGGCCGUCGAUGUUGUCAGGCAUUGGCAGGAUCUGGGAUAUCUGAUCAUCUAUAUUACUGGCCGUCCAGAUAUGCAAAAACAGCGUGUGGUUUCAUGGUUGUCUCAACACAACUUCCCACAAGGGAUGAUCUUCUUCUCAGAUGGACUUGUUCAUGACCCACUGCGACAAAAGACCAUUUUUCUCCGAAAUCUCAUGCAAGAGUGCCACAUCAAAAUCUGUGCUGCAUACGGUUCCAUGAAGGAUAUUUCUGUGUACAAUGUCUUGGCUCUGUCGCCAUCCCAGAUCUACAUAGUUGGACGAUCAACAAAGAAAUACCAGGCGCAGUGUCAAUUCCUCAGCGAAGGUUAUGCAGCCCACUUGGCCUCGCUGGAGUUCAGUCUCCAUUCACGACCCAAAAAGAACAACUCUCGGAUGAUCUUGAGAAAAGGCAGCUUUGGCCUCCACUCCCAACCUGAGUUUUUGCGCAAGAGAAACCAUCUCCGCAGGACUAUGUCUGUGCAGCAACCUGACCCACCUUCUUCGAACCCCAAGCCAGAGCGUGCCCAGAGCCAGCCCGAAUCAGACAAAGAUCAUGACAGGCAUUUGCCUUCCAUUGCUUGGGUUCGAGGUGGAGUUCACAAAUUUGAGUCUGUCCCCUAGGAAACUUGGGAAUAUAGAUCUUGGGUGCACUCCAUUAAACUUGUAGGCAUGCCUCAAAGAUAGUAUUUAGGCAGCUUCAAACUAAGAGAUGUAGAGGGGAACCUGUACCUCGGAGUCUUCCCUGCUCUGGAAUCUGCCUUCUUACACCGACUGGGGAACUUCUAGUCUGUUCCUCUUGACGUGUUUAUUGGGAAAUUUUAAAACAAUCUAAGACUAUGGCAAGUGCUUACAACAUCAAAGCAACAGGAAA